UCGGCAGCAUGAAGCUGAGAUCACACGUUCACUUCCUGUGCCGAUAAGAUGCGGUACGUUCAGCUGGCUAAGCAAACAACAAGCGCAGCUGCGUUUUUGUUUUAUAGCUUAAAAUGCAUUACUCUUACAGCAUAAUCUGGUUGAAGUUGCGUAAUGGAGUCCAAGAAAAUUUGGCUGAUGAUCGGCAUAAUUGCCAUCGUUGCCGUAAUCCUUGCUGUAACGCUGGGUUUGGUUUUCGGCUUGCAGACGGAUGAUACAUCCAGUAAUAAUGACGUUCUGGACGACAAGAUCAGUCAGGAUGCAGAAUUUCCUAACGGCAGUUACAUUAAAUCAGUUGAUAACUUUGCCUCGGGUCCCGUGGAAGCGGCCCCAAAAAAUUUAUCUGCCGAUGAUUUAAGUAGUUUUGGCGUUCGCGUGGAAGACUCAUCAUUUGUUGCUGAGACUGGACGAAAACACUUCUUUUACAUUUGGCUACCGCCCAUGGAUACAAGACGAAGCAAAAGGGAUACCUCCGAUGCCCAAGAUGGUUUAGCAAUUCGUUUUGGGAAUGCCCAAAAUCUGAAUGUCGUACCAGUGGCGCUAGCCGACGUUCCCCAAUCCGGAGUACGGAAGAUAACCGGCGGAGUCGGUAGUGGCACGCUGUAUGAAAUACAGGCCCGCAUGCCGGAAUCGCUUUGUCAACAAGCCGGUGUCAGUUCUUGUACAACGGUUAACUGGACACCGUACAGAACAACAGGAACUUCGGCAUCGGCUGGCUCAGGGAAUGCGCUAGCGGUUUCCUGUGGGUCACAGUGUGAUACGGAUCCCAAUUCGGCAUGUGCCACUUCUUGUAGUACGUGCGACGCAGGCGGCACUGUCGACGGCGCAGAUACACCGGUGACUCGCCGGUACAACGUGGGCACAACUUCCGGAAGUUUUAAAUUUUAUUAUAAAACCUUUAAUAUCAAGGAUCGGGUAGCUGUGAUAUACGAAAACCAUAUUAUCCAUGAUACCGGUUGUGUCGGCGAAGAGCAAACCGUCACUGUUACAUUCAGCGGUCAAUCUUCGGAGGUGCGCGUCGACGUCGAACCCAACUGUGCAGGCACAACUGGUACCGCAUGGAACUUCCGGUUGGCCUGUCCCGAAGCAUGUGCGAACGGAGAAAGCCGCGUACGGCUGAUGAACGGUGGCCGAGAAAUUACCAGCGGAGGUGUGGUGUACAUCAGUAAAGACGCCGAAACGCCGUCUCUUGCGGCGUACUACUGCAAUAAUAACCAGCGCAUCGACUGGCAGCUGAAAUUGGAUGCCUUUUCGCACACUACUGGCAAAGUGUUCUGCACCGAAACAACGCUUACUAGUCAGAAGAAUCCUUGGACAAGCAUACUAUCGAGUUCGGGAAUACGUGGAGGGCGCGCGACACUGACAUGGACCGACGCCGCCGGUGUCACUGGUUCAAUCACCUUCUCCAUUGCCGGCACCCAACCUCCAACUGCCGAAAUCCGGAAUCUCAUAGUGACUGCUUCCGGAAAUUUGUGGUAUCCUCCAUAUGUUGCUGAGCAUGAGAGUGGUCUACGCCAGUUCGUCAGUGGACAGCCGUUAAUAUCAUCGGAUAACGGUGUCGGAAUUUUCCAGCUUACCAAUCCCGUGCCAACCUGCGAGCAAGUAUGGAGCUGGAAGGCCAACGUACAUGCUGGUGUUCAGUGGCUUAACGCGAAACAACGCGAUGCAAACCAGUGGAUGCAACGCCAGCGCCAGCAAGCUCUCGCUGAAAUGGGCCGCAAUGUGCCGGUGCCAGAUCGUACAGAGGCUAACUGCCAGUUUAGCGACGGGACGACCCGUACGAUCAACGAUGCGGUAGCGAUGAAGAUGUUCAAUGGGGCUAGCGGUGGUAAUUAUGCCGCCUGGGAUAACGGUAAAGGGAAGUGGAAAUUCAAUCCCAUGAACGACUUACCGAAACCGUUCAACUAUGUUAACCGAGUUUGUCAACUCGUUCGCUAAUAAAAUUCUUGUUAUUCCGAUGAA